UUGUUGUGACGCGGUGCAUGUCGGGAAGACACGAUCAUCAAAUAUGGCGACUUCCACAGGACAAGAUGUAAAGUCUGUUUGUACCACAGAUGUGGAUCUAUUACUGCACCCUGAGCUGUUGUCUCAAGAGUUUAUGCAGCUCAUCUUAAGUGAGAAAAAUGUUGGUACCAGAGACGGUGAGAGUCGGGACCGGCUCACAGAGCUUUACCUCCGGCAUGUCAUCCCGCUGCCACAGAGGACUUUACCCACCAGUCGCUGGGGCAAGAGGAUGGAGAAGAGCCGAGGGAGACAGACAGCGACUAACAUGUCAGACAGUUCAAGUAACGACCACAAUAGGAAAAGGCAUCUGAUUGUGUUUGAUGGCAGUUCCUCUCAAUCUGGCCCACUAAAAGUUAAGAAACUAGAGGGAACCACUGUAUCAUCGGGAAUCACCGACAGGUUAAAACCUCCCCCUGCUGCAAACCUGUUGAACCCCAUCCGCAGGCUCUCUGGAAACACAUCGUCCUCUUCUUCUUCCUGUUCCUCAUCCGUUCACCACAGCACUGACACCGCAAACCUCAAACAAGAAGCAAACAGCUCGGGUGCAGUGAAGUCUCCGGAGAAGAAAAAGAUCCAGCAUGUGACAUGGCCCUGACCUCUGGUCCCUACUCACACAGACCUGAUGGGAGCUCAGGCCCUGGAGAACAGAUCACUCCCCCUCCCACCAAAUGUUAUUGCCCACUACCUGUGCACUCUAACCACCAUCACAGUCAUCCCAUGGCAUCAAAGGGAUGAAAACCCUUUUACCUGUGCGUUAAGGCCACCUUGCAGCUCUUGUUCAGUUCUGAGAGCUUAGAGGAUUGGGUUUUGCCCUGAAGACAAACCUGCUUUUGAAGUCACAUGCUUCCUUGUUGCUCUCCACAACCUCAAGUGCCCUUACCAGCAAUGACGAGAAACUCUCCUCAGGUCCCACACAUGGACUUUCUAGAGGACAGAACAUGCAACAUGACUUUUGUUUUUUGAAAAGCCAUUUAUAGAAGUUAUGAUUGUUGAUGUUCUGUUUCUGUGGUUUUGGUAAGAGGGCCUGCAGUACCGGUUUGAGUUUCUUGCUUAAAUUUUGUUUAAAAUGUUGUAACCGUUAAUUCCAUAACUGGAAUGGGUUAGGGUUAGGUAGUAUGAGAUUGUGACUGUCAAAAUGAUGGACAUAUUUAAGGGACAUUGUGAAUGCAUAAUGAGGCAGUGCUUAAUUUUUUUUCUAUCUGGUGUACCUUUUUAAAAGAAUACAAACCACAGAUUAUGCUGAGCAUAACCUUUCAAGUGUGGGUGUACACUUAACAUUUUGUGCCAGUAGUAGGUGUCAUUUUUGUUCUCAAUGAACUCCAUUCCUCUGAUGUUCGGCUUUGUUCAAACCUGUACUGUUUCACAAGUUGUUCAGGUUCAGGUUUUUAAAUAUUAGUGUCAAGCAGUUAUUGUGCAUACGUUGCACAUGACAUUGAGAUGAAUGAUUUUCCUCUACAGCUGGAUCAUAAUCCACUACUAAAUAGCCGUUUUGACACAGAGGAAGCAGAUAACACCUGAAUAUCACCUUUUAAUAAUUCAGACAAAAAAAGGAUUAUGGACUUAACCAAGAAUAUUGACUUUGUGAAAUAUAUUUAUUUGGAAUUGUGGAUAAAUUGACUUUGCAGUUAGUAUGUUUGAAAUGGAUGUAGAGUAAAUCAGCAUUACAAAUUUGAAUCCAUUUUUUCAAUUUGGUGUCAUGUUUGUACCAACAGUUUUCUAAAUAAAUUGUCUCAAUACGA